CCUCUUGGGGCUUUUGGUUUUUGUCAUUAGGUUUGAGAAUGCUGAAAGCCAUACAAAGGACAGAAGGUGGCAUUCAGGGUAGGUGUGUUUGAUACCACAGUGUGCCUUUUGCUGAUAAUGACUUGUAACUUCUCACAUUUUAGGAGCUGUGGAUGGAACACCGAGCUGAGGAGCCGAAGAUUUUACUGAAGGCCUGUGUGUAGACCCUGAUGCUCAAUGAAUGAAUGAAGAAUGAAAAUGCUCCCUGGAGUGGGUGUGUUUGGAACUGGUAGUGCUGCCCGGGUCCUGGUACCCUUGCUGAGGGCAGAAGGCUUCUCCAUUGAAGCUCUUUGGGGGAAGACUGAAGAGGAAGCCAAGCAGCUGGCAGAGGAAAUGAACAUCUCCUUCUACACCAGUCGGACUGACGAUGUCCUGCUGCAUCAGGACGUGGAUUUGGUUUGCAUCAACAUCCCUCCACCCCUGACUCGGCAAAUUGCUGUGAAGGCUCUAGGAAUAGGGAAGAACGUGCUGUGUGAGAAAGCUGCUACCUCUGUGGAUGCCUUCAGGAUGGUCACAGCUGCCAGGUAUUACCCCAAGCUGAUGAGCAUCGUUGGCAACGUGCUGCGUUUCCUGCCCGCCUUCGUGAAGAUGAAGCAGCUGAUCGAGGAGCGCUACGUGGGCAACAUCAUCAUCUGCGACGUGCGAGUCUACGGGGGCAGCCUGCUCAGCCACAAGUACAACUGGAUCUGCGACGAGCUCAUGGGAGGGGGUGGCCUGCACACCAUGGGCACCUACAUCAUCGACCUGCUGACUCACCUCACCAGCAGGAGAGCUGAGAAGGUCCACGGCCUGCUCAAGACUUUUGUGAAGCAGAACACGGCCAUCAGCGGGAUCCGCCACGUCACCAGCGACGACUUCUGCGUUUUCCAGAUGCUGAUGAGCGACGGCGUCUGUUGCACUGUGACUCUCAACUUCAACAUGCCCGGCUCCUUCAUCCACGAGGUCAUGGUCGUGGGCUCUGCCGGCCGCCUCAUCGCUCGUGGGACAGACCUGUACGGGCAGAAGAACACCGCGCUCCAGGAGGAGCUGCUGUUUACAGACUCUCUGCCUGUCAACAAGGGCCUGUUGGAUAAGGGCUUCAAGGACAUCCCGCUGCUCUACCUGAAAGGAAUGGUCUACAUGGUGCAAGCCCUGCGGCAGUCUUUCCAGGACCAGGAAGACCGUCGGACGUGGGAUCAUAAACCUGUGUCCAUGGCAGCCUCUUUUGAGGAUGGCCUGUACAUGCAGAGUGUGGUAGAGGCCAUCAAGAAAUCCAGUAGGUCAGGUGAGUGGGAGACUGUGGAGGUGAUGACUGAGGAACCAGAUGCCAACCAAAACCUCUGUGAGGCACUUCAAAGAAAUAACUUAUGAACAUUCCUACCUUGGAAAAUACUACUUCUGGCUGUAAUGUAAAAAAAAACCCCAGUUUUUAAGAUAUGUAGAUUCUUAUUUAAUAGCCUGAGUUUCUUGGUUUUUUUUAAACAUGUAAAAUAUGUUCUCAUAGGAACAGUUCUGGUUUAAAUUGUUUGAAGAGUUUUAAAUGUUUCUGUUUUUUGCAAACGUUUAAUUUUUGUCUUGGAGACUGGUAGGAAAACUUGAAUUGCCCUUUGCACUUGCAGUAGCUGAAGUGAAUUGUGGGAUCUCUGCCAUUGCAUGGCUUGGAAAUGGGACACAACCCCUGUUGCACAGGUUGCUGAUUUAACCAUGAGAGCAUGUAGAGCAAGAUCAGGGAGUAUCUGUUGUUCAGAUGCCUUUUUCCUCUCUCUUGGGAGACUGAUUUAUGUUUUAAUCCUCAGUUUGUAAAACUUUAGAAAAAAAGUUCAGUGAUAUAUCAAGUCUCUGAACUCCUAUAGGACAAAAAGUAGAAGGAAUGGAUUAAAGUUAGUAACAUGAGGAUCAGCCUUUUGGCUUCCUGUGUGUGGUAAAUGUCUUUCAAAUUAAUUCAAACUGAUGUUUUAUUUAAAUGAUACUAUAAUUCUCUGUUGUUGGUGUCUUGGCAGGAAAAUAUUCAGGAAGUCUGUGAUGCAUUGAGCUAUUCUUCCAUAUCUGUAGACAUUAUUCCUUCUAUUCAAGAGGCUGCCUGCAUCCAGCAGCUGUUUUUCCAUAAGCUCUGUGCUUAUGUCAGUUGUGUUUACUGCCUGGCAGCACCAGUGGCGUGCCUGUGGGGCCACAUUCUCAUUUCUGUGACUGUUACUAAAUAAAUGAUAAAUGCCUCCCCGGGUCACGGGAUUGCCACAGUGUGGUGGGUAACAAAGUAGUACAGCAUGAACCUUUCAGGGACCUGAAAGUGGAAGGAAGGAGGUAUUUCCUACCUCUUGCAGCUCUCUUAAUGUGCUGGCUGGGUAACUGUCACACUACACACAUCCUGAUAGUUGAGAGAACAGGGACUGAACUGCCAUGGUAAAUGUGCUCUUGAUCUCAAACACUGGCUCUGAGCCCUCUGGUCCAGCCCAUCUUCACACCCUCCUGCAGCUGGUGUCCAGUGGAGAGAUUUGUUGGCAGAUGAUGGGGUGGAAGUUCAUUCCCUUUGAGAAAUGUUUCUCUCCGAGGCAGGUAUGUGGAAAGGAUAGUUUAAUUUUACUACAUUUGUUUUGUGUACUUGAAAGCUUUUUUUUAAAUGUAUUUCCCACUAAAUUGUAACCCUGUGUAUUUAUGUAUAUUAACAUGCACGCUGCUGUUCCAUAAGCUGGACCUUCCUGAAAAGUAUCAUGUUUUCUACAGAAAUAAAAAGUUGUGUUUGUUGAGGGAAUUCUCUA